AUGUCCCGCUCUCUCGACAAGGACGUCCUGGACAACCUCAAGGCUGAGGAUCCUACAAAAGUUUACAAAGACAUUGCCCAUGUGUUGACAUCUUUGCCGAACAACGGUGGCCUGCUGGAUAUCGAGCUUCUCGGAAAGGCGCAUCCCUUGGAACCAGGAGUCAACUAUCUCCAAGACGAAAAUGCCAUUGCGAUUCCCAAGCUGAGGUUGACACAAGCCUUCUUUGUCGCGCAUCGGAUUAUACAGCAGCAUCUCAAGUCCCAGUCGCGGGUUGCAAACAACGAGACCCUUGCGGCUACUGCUGUAGCCUUGCUCAUGGACCCAGAGCAUCUCACUGCUGCUAAUAUCAGGAAGCGAUUUGUACUGUCUCGAUUGGAUGAAGCCAAUCAAGCCGAGACAGUCCUUCGACACGAGAAACAAUUUCUCGAUAGUCUAUUGACAGCUCGCCUCCAUCGUCACACGAAAUCUCCAACUUUAUGGAGCCAUAGACGCUGGCUGAUAGAUCGUUGCAAGACGAAAACAUGGACGAUUGACUGGCGGAGAGAUUUCAGUUCUGUCAUCAUGGUAGCGGCAGAGCGGCACCCUCGAAAUUAUUACGCGUGGCACCAUGCAAGGUGGUUGACAAGCAGUGGCAGAUAUCAACUCGAUCAGAGUACGCUCUCUAGCAUUGUCGACGAUGUCAAGGAUUGGUGCUUCAGACACCACAAUGACAUUUCUGGUUGGACAUACCUUAGCUUUAUUCUCUCAAAGCUCGAGGAUAUGGAUGCGCAGCUACGGAAGCGUUCUGCGACGUUUGCUGAAACUCUACAGCUAAGCGAGUCGUUUCGCUGGACGAAUGAAUCAGUAUGGGUUUUCUUGCGCACCACUGUGGCCAGGAAUCACGUCAGCCCAGAGCUUUGCGAUUCAUUUUUUGAGCUCAAUCGGAAGCUUUCGGUUCUGACUCCAGACGGGACUGCAAAAAUGCCAUUGGAAGCAGCUCUUCGGUGGGUUGCUCAGCAUCGAUAA